AUGUAUCUAAACGAGGACAACAGCAAUCUCUUGGGAAAAAUCAAGGAAUACGUCGGAGACAGAAAGUAUCGACUCGAUUGCCAGGCCGAUGGAUGCAAAUCAACAAAUAAAGGAUUUCGACCACCAUUUUUUCUCGAACAUGUUAUCUUGAAGCACCAUCCAGAAUUCCCAAAAAACUACAAAUGUACUGAAUGUCAUGGCUCGUUCUUUGGCGUUGUUGAGGCUGCGUGCCACGGUCUUAGUCAUAAGGGGAUUGUCACGUGUAACAUCCAAGAAACGGUACAAGAUUUUCGUCAAUUAAAUGUCCCGGAGCGCCGUAAGCAAGGGCAGAUUUGGGAGGCAGCAUACUACACAUACAACAUCUCGAUUGUGCAUGAUGCCGUCAAAAGACUGAUUGACGAUGGAUUUCUUCAAUAUGGACCUACACUUCAAGAAAUGAGAGCGUCUGCUGAUGCUGGUGCCGUGGAAAUUGCGUCUCUCAAUUUUGAAUCUAUUUCUCACAAUGAUGAAGCACGAGUAAUGGAGAGGCAGAACGGCAAGAGAAGAAUGAACGACGAGGAAUACCAAGACAAUAGGGAAUUUUCAAAAUCACAAAGAACCGAGAACAAUACCUACGAUCAGGCCUUCACAUCAUUUUCAAGGAGUGAAAAAAAGAAUGUGGACGACGGCAGCUUCAACAAUUAUUCUCUCCCAAAUCAACACCAAAUGGAUUACCGACGCUGUGGCGGUAGCCGUCAUAGCCUUGAACCGUCGCAAGAUAAGAUGUCGCCACAAAAGAUAAUGCAUAAUGAGAUGAACCUAUCGCUUUCAAGGGGAACUUGGUCCGAGACGCCUUCUGAAAUUCGCCCUCGUCAAAUGAAUUACACCUCUGUUGACGAAUCAUUGCGGCGCCAAAGGUUUCAGGAGAUGAGAAAAGCAGACAAUUUGCAGAAGGGUUCUUUCAACGAAAAAGCGAAAAAGCCAUCAACUUCAAGAAAAACUCCACCGCAGCAGAAGCAAAAGGAACAGCGGCGAUCGGGAACUGUUCGAGUUCCACCGGUACGCGAAAAAAUUAUGGAUUUCAGCAGUUCUUCUCCACCGAAGACACCACGCGGACACAGGUUUAAUCCAGAUCCAGAUCGUUCUCCCGUUCUCCCCGUUCUCCAUACUUUGGUGCUGAUGAAGACGACGAAGAACCAAUUUUUUUUGCUAGCACUUCUUCAACUCAACAAGCAAGCCGUGCUCGAGAUUGGGAGAGGCAAGAUGAACAUGUGCGAACGUAGUCGCUCGAGGGAUCGCCGAGUGAGCCGGUUCGACUCAACCAUCUCAAUUGAGCGUAGAAGGGAUCACAACGAUAGUCGUUCUCGUCGGCGCGAUGAUUCUCGUGAGGGUGAUCAUCUCAGGGAGCAAAGUCCUCGUCGUAUUUCAGGAGAAAUUUUUCGAUGUAACGCUUCAGCAGCUCGUGCAAUCGAGUUCACUGGCGCGCCUUUCACCGAUGCUCAACUUAAUGAUGUGCCGAAAAAGCAAUUUACCGGACGAGGUCGUCUGUACAUUGGAAAUUUGCCGCCCGAUAUGAAUGAAAAGGAGCUGAGGGAACUUUUCAAUCCAUAUGGACAUCUCGCCGAUUGUUACUUGUCAGGAAAAGGAUUUGCUUUCAUCCGAAUGGACACACGUGCGCACGCGGAAAGUGCCAAAGAAGCGAUCGAUGGACUAGAGAUCAAAGGCCGUCAAGUGCGUGUACGUUAUUCGAUCCACGGAGCCGCCCUUCGAAUCAAAGAAUUGCCACAAAGCGUCUCCAAUGAAUGGCUCUACCACACUUUUUCUCAAUUCGGCGAAGUCGAGCGGGCUAUUCACAUUGUUGACGAAAAAGGACGAGCUACUGGCGAAGGAAUUGUUGAAUUUGAGCGAAAGCCGGCCGCCAAUGAAGCUCUUGCGUGGGUUCGGGACAAAGUUUUUUUAAUUGCCGCAACUCCAAGACCUCUUGUAGCAGAGUUGGUGGAGCCAAAAGAUGAAGAGGACGGCUUAGCCGAGCGACUAGUCUCAAAAGUGCCAAAAGUGAUCAAAGAACGCGCAUUGGGUCCUCGGUUUCCAGUUGCUCAAAGCUUUGAGUACUUCUACGGGAUGAAAUGGAAGGAGCUCUACGAAGCCGAGAAACGACGACGUGCACAGUUGGAAGAUGAAUUGAAAGCGACGCGAGAACGACUGGAUCGAGAUAUGGCAAUCGCAUAUCAACACUUCCAGACAAAUGCACUGAGGGAAGAACUCGAGCGACGCCAAAAGAAACUAGAACGUUUGGAAGCCACCCGUCGCGAUCGAAUCACUAUGUCAAGAAAUGAAAGAAAUGAGAACGUUUUCGGGGGAGUUUUUGGUUUGACGCAGCCGUCUUCCUACGUUCAAAUGGAAUCACCAAGUUUGGUCAGCGGUAGCAAUACUUAUCGUGGAAAUUUCAUGCCUGUAACACCAACUAAUCGCAAAUCGUUUGAAUCCACUAACUUGCCCUUUUCGCCUGUGCAAACUCAAACUGACUAUUCAGCCCCGACCACCCGUCGCAGCGUAUUGGAUGGGGUUCAGCAGCUUCUAAGUAAGGUCAAAAGCGGAAACUUUGGAGUAAAAGAAAAGCCCGAGCUUCAAGAGAAUGUCCAAGGUACAAGUUAUCUUCAAGGAGCGUUUGGUGACUCGAGGACUUUCGAUGCGUUUGAUGGGAUGGGACCACCAAUCAAGAAGGAUUGCCGU